CAUGAAUUCGCUCACAUUCCGGUACAGCGCGCGCCUGCUGCGUCCGGCAGUAGUCCGGACCCAGACGCUCUACCCUCGCAUGCUGCACUCAUCAAACCGCCGCCAGUCGGACCCCAAAAAUACCGCUCCCGAUCUCGAGUCCAUGCGCGGCGAAGCCGAGGGCGUUGCUCCCGAAGUCUCCACAUACGCAAUCGGUGCCACCGUGUUCUUCAUCGGCGGCCUCUCCUACUAUCUCUACAGCGAAUACCACCAUGCUAUCUCCCGCUACCUGCCAUGGUCCGCGCACCCGCCGCUGAGAGCGAGCCGACUGCUGAGAGCAAAGAGGCAAAGCGCAUGAGCCGCUUGCGCAACAGGCUUGUUCCCAAGUCAACCAUGUCGGCGAUGGAGCAGGUGAACUGGGCGUGGACCCACCCGGGCUUGUACGCCACGGGAUCCAACAUGCAUGGUCUGGUGGAUCCGCUGCAUCCUGGAUCGGGCGUCGGCCUGAGGACCGCGGUUCCCGGACUCGAUGGAAAGCUGAUUAAAGAUGCAGUCUUCUCGGAGACCCACGCGGCAGCCGUGGACUCGCAGGGCAGCCUCUACCAGUGGGGCACGGGCUUUACCGGCAGUAUGGCGCCGCACCAGCCACUUCUAACCCGCACCGACGCCAAGAUCACCGCCCUGGCAGCCACCACCGACUACAUUGUCACGCUCGAUAAGGACAGCCGCGUGAAGGUCCUGCGCGGCACGCAUUCCAGCGAAGUCACCGAGAAGGCACUAGAGUUUGAGCCCAAGCUUGGCUGGCGCGAGAAUGUCACCAGCAUAUCUGCUGGCGCCAACCACCUGGUUGUAGCUACGAGCUACGGCAACGUCUACACCUGUGCGCUAACCACUCAGGGCAAUGACCGGUCGCAACUGGGCCACACUGCCGCGCCCCAGCCAUUCACGCUACGCAGGCUCGACAGCGACAGGAAAUUCGCCUCAGUUGCAUGUGGCGCCCACCACACUCUGCUGCUUACAGACGAUGGUGAGGUAUUUGGUUGCGGCGCCAAUGAUUUCGGCCAGCUGGCUAUGGGCGACUUUGCCAAAGGCACCACGACCGUUACCAAGCCGACGCCGCUCGCCAGCCUGUGGGCAAGCGGCCGCUUCGAUGCAACAAUGGCUCGCGCCGAGAAAAUCGCGGCUGGCGCACAUGCCUCGUAUGUUGUGACUCGUUCCAACGACGCCGUGCAGCUCCUGGCUUGCGGCAACGGCAUCAAUGGGCAGCUCGGCAACGGCACAUUGCCGCAUAUGCAGGGCCGGUUCACUAAAAUCCAGGCGCUCUCCGACCACCAGGAAUUCGACAGUAUCACGCAGACCCGCAGACCCAUCGCCAUUCGCACACUGUCGGCUGCCAAUGACCACGUCGUGGCUGUGCGCGACAACCAGACGAAUGUCGCUGAGGACAAGUCGGGCAGCUCGGUCAGCAAGACGCCGGUAUUUGGAUAUGAUGUGAUGGCAUGGGGCGGAAACGCCAAUGGCGAGUGCAUUCCGGGGCGCAAGCAUAGGUUUGCCGAGCCCGUCCAUCUGCCACCUUUGUUUGCAACAAAGGUUGAUGGCAAGACAGAGUCGAACAAUGCCGUUCGCUUGCAGGCCGCGCCUCGCCAGUGGGUUUCUGCAAACAGCUUUGCUAAUGUCCAGCAGGGCUCGGUGUCGGGAAAGCUCCUUGUCGAGCAAGCGUUUGUUGCUGGCCACGAUGUCACUGCUGCUUUCCUGAAACCGGCAAACUAAAUUGUGCUUUAAUUGCUGAACGCUCGAUGUCACUUCACAUAUCAACAUAGAAAAGUGCCAGCCUAAGCCGGGAUACUGGCAGUAUAUACAGCAAUCCGGCUCGCAGGGCUCUACUUUUAAGCAAGCUGGUGGUUGGACCCUGUCACCGCUGAGCAUGAUACCCUAGUGAUAUGGAAUCCAAAUGUUAAUAAAUGAGACGAGUUCAAUCUUGCACAGAAUGCGACUGUUUUCAAGAUACAAAACGACAGCAAAUCUGGCUAUGGCAUUGCAGUGGACAUUGGCAGUUAUUG